AUGGCCGCUGCCGUCGCCGAAACCACCUUCGCCUAUCAUGGCCUCCCAACUUCCCCUCAGAUGGCCCAAACGGACCAAGUCAAGUUCCUCAUCAGGACCUUCCUCGAGGGCAUCCAGUUCGACCGCACCACGCCCUUCCUGAAGGACCAUGAGCUGGAGCAGGCAGUCUGGAAGUACUUCCAGGGCCAGAGUCUAGAUAACAAGAGCAUGACUGCUGUGCGCAAGACGCUGAAGCUGUCUGUGACUUUGACGCAUCAGGCGUAUACGGCGCAUCCAUUUGAGAUCAAGGUGCUCUGCGCGGCGCAGUUUUUGUAUAUGUUUUUGGUGGAUGAUAUCGCCGAGGAAUUUAUGGUGGAGUUGCAGUCGUUUGGACAGAAUUUCACCCUAAACAAACCCCAUAACCAUCCCCUCCUCGACGCCUUCGACGGCCACCUGCGCAAUCUCGCGAAUUACUAUGGCCCAUACUGCUAUGCGGCUAUCAUCAAGACUCUCUUUGACUACGUCAACGGCCGUAUCAUCGAGCAUAAAAUGGAGCAGUCCAACUUUACGUUCCACUCCGAGUCGCGGCUCAUGCCCAUGUUCCUGCGAACUAAAGUCGGGGGCGCUGAGAUCCUCCUGCAUCUCCUGUUUCCACAGUCCGUUUUCCCAGAGGACGAGUAUCUGAUGCGGUAUUUCCCGGUUAUUCAGGAGUUGGUGCUGUUUACGGACUUCACGAAUGAUAUUCUGUCGUAUUAUAAGGAGUUUAUUUUGCAUGGGGAGAAGGGGAACUUUGUGGGGAAUUUUGCGGAUACGCAUAGGAUGCAGCAGUUGGAUGUGUUGCAGCAUUUGACUGGUUAUACGCCAAAGUUGCUCAAAUCGGUCUAUUCGAUUCUUGACGGAAAUGAAGAUUUGUUGCGGGCUGUGAAGAAUUUCGUCACGGGCUGGAUUAUGCUGUGUACGGCCCAUCGCCGGUAUUACCUGGUCGAGUUGUUCGAGGAUGAGCAGUAUCUCCCACCGUAUGAUGAGGAUGCAUAG